AUGACUAUGACCAACGCAGUUUCUUCCAUCUACCUCAACAACUGGCAAACGAUCAGUUCGUCUGAGGAGGUCAACAACGGUCUCGCCAACGCAGACGUCAACCAAAUCCUCGUUUUCUACUUCGGUUAUGAUGGAUGUGCUGGUUGUGAGAACAUCAAGGUCUGGUUGAAUGGUCUGCCAAACAACUAUCCAAAUGGAGUGUUCUGCCAGGUGAUCAUCCCAAGUGAGCUGUACUCCAACCACCCAUUCUUUGCCGGUGUCGGUGUGUUCCCAUCCUUCAUGGUCUUCAAGAACUUCCCAACCGUCAAGAAGCAGGUUGCUUUCAUCACUGGCUCUGACACCAACAACAUCGUCACCCAGAUCAACAAGUGGUACCAA